AGUAGAAGAAGAAGAGACCAAACGGACCGAACAGCUAGCUGGGGUUAGCAUAUGUAGGUUAGCGCUCCGGUUGAACGGACGGAAACAUGGUGUCCGCUACAGUGCUCCUUCUUUUAGCGGUCGGUUCUCUUUGUGGGAAUGCUGCAGCUGAAAGAAAACUAGUUUAUGUGACUGUGCUGUUUCGACAUGGCGACAGGUCUCCAGUCAAAGCUUAUCCCACCGACCCGUACCAGGAGAGCGCCUGGCCUCAGGGCUUCGGACAGCUCUCACAGGAAGGGAUGAGGCAGCACCUGAACCUGGGCCAGUUUCUCAGGACUCGCUACAAAGGAUUCCUGAACGAAACCUAUGAGAGACACGAGAUCUCCGUCCGCAGCACAGACUACGAUCGCACCCUGAUGAGCGCUGAGGCCAACCUGGCAGGUCUCUACCCCCCCAGAGGUCAGCAGGUCUUCAGUCCCACUCUGCAGUGGCAGCCCAUCCCUGUGCACACGGUGCCACAGAGCGAAGAAAAGCUGCUCUCGUAUCCUCGUUUCGACUGUCCCCGCUACAAACAGCUGAUGAAUGAAACUGAACACACGGCGGAGUUUCUAAACGUCACCAAUGAAUUCAAGGACGUUAUAGAGCUGGUGAGGAAUAAAACAGGCCUGAAUAACACAAAUGUGGAAACCGUCUGGAGUGUUUACGACACACUCUUCUGUGAGUCCCGUCACAACAAGACUGCUCCUGACUGGGUGACUCCGGAGGUCUUUGAGAGGCUGCGUCUGCUGAAGGAUUUUGCAUUUCGGAUUGCAUUCGGGGUCUACAAACCACAAGAAAAGAACCGGCUGCAGGGAGGUGUCUUACUGGGUGAAAUCGUGAAGAAUCUGUCCAAGAUGUCCGUCCCAGACCCGAAAGUGAAGGAGAGGCUGAAACUGAUGAUGCUGUCAGCGCAUGACACCACUGUGGCCGCCCUGCAGAGCAGCCUGAACGUGUUCAACGGCAGACAGCCGCCGUACGCCUCCUGCCAGAUUAUUGAGCUGUACGAGGACGAGAACAGCAAUUUCUCGGUGUCGCUGUUCUUCCGUAACGACAGCACCGUGGAGGCGUACCCCCUGCUGCUGCCCGGCUGCUCUCUGGACUGCCCCCUGGAGGAGUUUGUGAGAAUUACAAAGCUCUCCAUUUCAGAGGACCGGGACAAAGAGUGUGAGGUGCCUUCAGAGGGGAGAGACACAGAAGUGAUCAUCAGUCUGGCCGUGUCAGGCUGCCUGCUCCUCUUCCUCAUCCUCCUCCUCCUCGGCGUCAUUUGCUGGCGGCAGGAGCCAAACAGAAACCGCGGUUACCACCAUGUGAUCAACCAGGAGGUGGGCGAGGAGUCCUGACAGAAGCAGAAGCUCCUCUCCCGGAGAUCUGCCAGCAUCGAGCCGUGGGACAGCAGCGACGACGAUGAACUCUGAAGCUCCUCGUCCACCUUCAGGAGCCACCAUGAGCUGAUUUUUUUCUGUUUUUAAGCAGCAUAUUUUCACCCAAAUUGACCCUGUUUCUGUCGGGUCAGAGAGAGGAAUUAACAAACAUUUCAACUUCACAUUUUAGAGAAGCAAAGUCUGGUUCGGUGAGACAUUGUUGGAGAGAUUUCUACAUCAGCAGGACAACUUUUUGUGUUUUUAACUGAUGUGUUCCCACCUGGUCUGAAGUUGAUUUCUGCUUCCAGAGACACUGUGUUCAUCACUCAGUCCCUGACUUGAAUGGCUGCAGAAAAUAAUGAUAAUUAUUGUCUAAUAAUGAGCUGAAAACUGGAUGCAAAUUGCAGGAUUUUGGUGAUAUCAGUGCCAAUUCUUUAAGCUAUUUUCUGGUGUUUUGCAUUAUGUUUUUCUCCUGGCAGGUCUGGGUUUUCUUCUUUUCUUUUCAAAUAUUUCACUGAUUACAAAAGACCUAAGGUGUUGAGGUAUUUAAAAACUUAAAUGGCUUAAAAUUAGGGCCAAUAGCAAUACAAUUACCAAUUAGGCCUGUCACAAUAACACAUUUUCACAAUAUAUUUUCCCAGAAAGUAUCAAGAUAAACGGGGAUAUAUGGGGUGUUCCGGUAGCUCACACUGGUAGAGUGCGUACCAUUAAGGCUGAGUCCUUCCUGCGGUGGACCCGGGUUCGAAUCCCACCUGAGGUCCCUUUGCCGCAUGUCCUCCCCUCUGUCUCCCCCUUUCUAUCUAUCACUUAAAAACAAUAAAGCAAAAAUGGCAAAAAAAAAUAA